AAAGAUAGUUUAACAUGAAGUUUUCUAUAUAAACCAAGUGCGAAAUUAUAUAAAAUAAUUAUAUAAAAUGAUUAAUUUUCGAUUUUAUUUCAUUUUACUUAACAUUCUACUUUUACAUAUCGUCACUGGCGAUAAUUUUAUUGAUCAAAUAAUCCAGGAAAGAAUAAACAAUUAUAAUAUUGAAGAAUUAAAUCCUCUUCGUGAGGGAAAAAAAUUACUAGUUCUUGAUAUAGAUCACACCUUGUUGGAUGAUAGAUCAAAUGCAAAGAGGCCCUGUUUACAUGAAUUUUUAACGAAAGCCUAUAAAAAUUAUGACAUUGUUAUUUGGUCAGCGACAAAAAUGAUAUAUAUUGAGAGAAAGAUGAACAAAUUCAAAAUAAAUAAUAAUCCUAAUUAUAAGAUUGCCUUCUGUUUAGAUAUAUUGGCGAUGGUACCAAUUAGAUUAAAAAAAUUUAAAUUUAUUAAUGUAAAACCUCUUGCUUUAAUUUGGGGUAAAUAUAAACAAUUCUCCCCCAAGAAUACAAUUAUGAUUGAUGAUUUAAAGACAAAUUUCAUUUUAAAUCCACAAUCAGGUCUUUUCAUAAAACCUUUUUAUAAAAAAACAAAUGUAAAUACUACGGAUUAUGAACUUUUAAAAAUGUCAAAAUAUUUGGAAAUCAUUGCUAAUUUUAAUGAUUUUCAAAAGUUAAAUCACAGUUUGGUUUUUAUAUAGCAAAGUAAAGCGGGUGAUAUAAGCAUACAGGGUCAAAAGAGUCAUAGGAUUAGUUUUAAAAAUAAAGUAAUUUCUUUUAUUAAAAAUAUUUUUAGUUUUUAAUAAAAAAAAAACUUUUCUUCAAAAAAAAAAAAAAAAUUUUUU